AUGACAACUAAAACGGCCAGCGAUGACAAACCAAAUUCAGUAUACAAUAGGCCGGUUGUUAUUAAUAUUUGUAACGGUAUGACCAAUAUUCCAGUUACACAUAAUAUUAGCAACGAUUCAAUUAAUCAAUUAAAAAACAGAUCCUAUGAUAUAAUUGUUGACAUUGGUUGCGGUGACGGUAGUCUAACCAAAUUGUUGGCCAAUCAAUUAGCGCAUAACCAGCUCAUUGGUAUCGAUUGCGUAACCGAUAUGAUAAGCUAUGCCCGCAAACAUAAUAGCCUAAUGAUUGACGAUAAACACGACAACAACAACCGUAUCAUUGAAUAUGUCGUACAAGAUAUGAGUGUCGAUUGGCCAGCGAUGUGUCCCCGGAUCAGACAAUUGGAGUCUAGGGUUGAUCUGAUUUUUUCAAACUAUGCCCUACAAUAUAUACCGGAUAAGCAAAAAUUGAUGCAAAUAUUUGAUAGACUACUGGCCACUGGCGCUAUCAAUUAA